UUUUUACCCUCCUCGCACGAGCCGGGAACAGGCCUAGCUAACCUCCUAGCGCCACCAUUGGUGUCCUGCUGUAUACCUUCAGCCAGAGAAUCCCCCGCCGCCUACUUUUCUAUCCCCUCUCUCCUCUCUCGGUGGCUCCGUCUCGCUGGAAGCAACUGAAACAUUUGUUCCGCAUCACGUCACGACCUCCCACCUCCCACCACACCCCAUACCCGCAUCCCCUGCCUGGCAUUUUGCGCCAUUCCAUUGCCUUCAGUUUGGGGCUGCUCCAGGAGACAUCUAAUCCGCUGAAGGGAAUCAGGGGUGGGGAUCGCUGCGUGGGGCUCACCCUGGAUCUAGCAGGAUGCAGAAUGAUGCGGAUCUCCAGAUGUUCUUCACCAAGGUGGAUGGGUCUUUCCCGGGAAGACACCAAGACUUGCAACCGAUAAUUACUUGGAAGUCGAGCACCACCCCCAUCUCCACGGAGUUCCGCCUCCCCAUCCCGGUGGAACACAGCGGCAGCGUCAUCGACUACAGUUUCGAAACCCUCUACAACGACGUACAGUUCGCCAUCCUGUUCGAAGAGGCGGACGACAGCAAGGGAGGCGGGGCCUUCAGCGGGGAUGGGGGUGUUGCCGAGGACAGGCAGGAGGAGGUGAUCGUCGAGCCGCAAAAGGUGGAGAGCCAACUGGGCCCCAUCACGGGCACCAUCCCGCUCACGCGACCGGGCCGCUUGACCCUGGUCUGGGACAACGGGCAAGUGCACUCGUGGUUCAAGCACAAGAUUUUGUCGUACUCGGUGACGCUGCACGUGCCUAGCCUGCUUGCCACCGAAAAGGCCAAAUGCGGCCGCGCGGUCAACGCGCUCAGAGCAUGCGUGCGUUCGAGGGAUGACGCGCACUCCAGGGGGGCGGAAGCGGUGCUUGAGAGGAAGGAGGCCACAUCUACCGUUAAGCGCCUAGAGGAAGAGCUUCGAGAGAUUCAGGUCAAGCUUGACGGGGCGACCAGACUAGCGGAGCAGCUCGGGAGAGAGGUCGAGGAUUGCCAACAAAGGGAGUACCUCGAAGGUCGCAAGAUCCAAGGAUUGACCUUCCGGCUCAUGCCGGAAGAGAUCCUGAUCCGGACGCUGUCCUACGGGUCGGUAGAAGACGAGUGGUUGACCGUCUGCAAGGAUUGGCUCGAAGCCCUGUCCCCGAGCUCGAGUGGCUCGAUAGACGAUGCGGGAUCCCACGAAUGACUGGUUGCGUGCGGCGACUAUUGGAAUACCUACGAUCGGCGUCGCACACUCAGUUUUUGAAAAAAAUAUUCUUGAUGAUGGUUGACAAAAGCUUUUUUUUGGUGCGUUGGAAGGAACCCUGAGGCUUUUCGAAAGCAAGCCGAAAGGGGGUGGUUUCGUAAACAUGCUAGCCGGGUUUCCGGCGAAGGAGGAGGGACUGCUCAACCCCCCUUCAAGGGGUGUGUCUCUUUUGGGAUAGGUCAGUCGAAUGGACCGAGAAGCCUUGAGGGAGCGAAAUAUGCACACCCCUUGCGAAUUCGGAGGCGUGUGGUUUUGACACACGCCGUGGAAGGGGCGAAUGUGUCCGGGGGGACAAGUUUGCCGACGUUAUGUAGUGUAUCUAGACUAAACAGGUUAGGUAUUGUUCAGGAGGAUUUUGCCUGUGAACACUCGAAAACCCUUGGUUGGCGUGAUGUCGUUCCAGGGGGGCAGGGGGCGUGGGAGAAUUGGGGGCUCGGGCACGCGGGAAAUGGGGAGAGCUCGGGCCCCGUUCGUGGCUUCAUGUGUUGCUUGUUAUGGGUUCGAUUCUUGCUGCUAGCGUUUUUGGUGGAUAUUCCCUUGGUUUCCUAUCGCAGGAACGUCAAAGUACUAGCUAUAAUGUGCGUGAUUUCGAUGGGGGCGGCUAUAACACGGGGGGGAUGGAAUCAGACAGGGAGCGUGUGAUAAAACGUCACGCCUUGCUAAACGCCUCUGUCCGCUUUUUUUUUGUGUUUCUCAUCGCCUCCUGUCUUGGUUGCAGCAGCGUAAGGGCUUGUGAUGAGUGAGUCAACAUCCUUGUAUUCAUAAUGGUGUCGGUUUUUGGAAUCGGAGCGUAUGCGCUUGUGGCAGGCGAGGCCAGCGUAGUACGACAGCGGCACAAGCUGGGGGUCGACUUUUUAGUCCCCCACGAGAACCGAGCGCAAUGAGCACUUGAUCGUUCAAUUAUUCUCAUGUCUGCCCACUACCGAAAGAUGAAAUGGACUUGAGAUGAGACCGGGGCUACCCAUGGGGUACUAGUUUUCAUAUUUUUCAUAUCGCAGUGACCAGUACCGGCAGAGGAACACGGUUUCUUUGUUCCAAAACCUGGAGGUUGCGCGUGGGCGUCGACAAAGCGUCUCGGUUAUUCAGCGACCAAUUUGUGCGGUAUCGAAACGAUUGUGAAACGCGACACGCUCCCCAAGCUUCGAAGUGUUUGUCGUGGCAACCGGAACAUGAGUAAAACGGAUUACAUAUUAAAGAAGAUUAUCGUUCGGGUAUCGGGGUUCCAGGAGACCCACAUGUCAUACAAUCAUGUAUGUCCCCGAGGACCCACAUCUGGGCGAACAAAAACAAACGAACGAAAGCAGAUGUUCGGAGUUGCGGAAGGGAUCAAACCACCCGUGCGAAAUCAUUGUUGUAUCACAACUACGGACAAACACGGGAACGUUUGCUGGGGGACCAUUCCUUAUUGGCGGGUCUGCCUGACGCACCUUGUGAGCGGAGGACUCGCGGGAGCCCACCGUAUGACACAUGACAAGCAUCUGGAAACAAGGUGCACAUCACAAUGCUCAUAAUACUAAAUGGCGAUUCAAGCGAUUCCCGCUGGCCGCCACGUCCACAUUAGGACGCCCACCAGCAUUUGAACACGCACGUAUGGAGCAAACUUCUUGGUCGACGACAAAGGAGCCACUCGAAAGUGAACGAGAACUUCCCGAAAUCAAAAGAAUAUCGGACGGUUUGAGUGUGAGUGAAAACUGCCGCCGCCGCCGCCGUCGUAAACAGACGAGUAGCGGACUCCUAAACACCAUUUUGGAUGACUGUUGUUGCCGUUUCGCCUUGGCUCCUGUCCACCUCCCCCUACAAAUCUGAUUGAACGCCUCUGCAUUGGUUGUCUGUGGUACCCGAGAGAUGUGGGCCCGUGGCCCGUCCAGGACUUGUUCUACCGUCGCUGGGGCUCAUGGGGUCGCUUCACACAGGAAAUAAUUUCGGACAUGGAGCUUUCGGUGUAACCGAAUGCAUCACCCAUGCCCUACUCGCACACGCUCACGACCUAACCCCUCGUUCAGCGUCCGAGAGAUAAGCUGCCCCACCGUACACACGCACAAGACCUGCCGCUCUUCGGGCCCAGCGCACAAUAAGCUUCGAACGGCCAACAACCACCACCCCACGUGGAGGGCCGAGGCUGCCUUCUUCUCCUCUUAAAAAUAACCAGCUACUGCGAGGUAGAAAAAAUGGGCGCAAGUCUUGAUACCGUGGGCGAUAAAACGUUUCGUGCAGGAGGAGGGGACACGCGGUCGACAGCAGCAGCAGCA